AUGCAGACAGCAUUCAUCCCGUACAUCACCGCCGGUGACCCCGACCUUGAGACGACGGCGGAGGCGCUGAGGCUGCUCGACGCCUGCGGUGCCGACGUCAUCGAGCUCGGCAUGCCCUUCUCCGACCCCUACGUCGACGGGCCCAUCAUCCAGGCCUCCGCGGCGAGAGCGCUGGCCGGUGGCACGACGAUCGACGCCGUGCUGUCCAUGCUGAAGGAGGUGACGCCGGAGCUGUCCUGCCCGGUCGUGCUCUUCUCGUAUCUCGGACCCAUCGUGCGGCGGGGUGCGGCAAAAUUCACCGCCGCAGUCAAAGAAGCCGGUGUGCAGGGUCUCAUAGUACCCGAUCUUCCUUAUGCUCAGACGUGUGAGUUCAGGAACGAAGCCAUAAAUAACGGCCUGGAACUGGUGCUGCUUACAACACCAACCACACCUGCAGAGAGAACGAAGGAGAUCGCAGAAGCUUCACAAGGGUUCAUUUACCUUGUAAGUGCCAAUGGAGUCACAGGUCCACGAGCAACUGUGGAUCCGCGUGUCAAAGAUCGUCUCAAGGAGAUGAAGCAGGUCACUGACAAAGCUAUCGCCGUAGGCUUUGGCAUAUCGACGCCUGAACAUGUUAGACAGAUUGCAGAUUGGGGUGCAGAUGCAGUGAUCAUCGGCAGUGCAAUGGUGAAACAGUUGGGUGAAGCAGCUUCUCCAAGAGAAGGGUUAAAAAGGCUAGAAGAAUACGCCAAAAGCUUAAAGGAUGCAUUAUUGCCAUAGUAUAUGAAUAUAGAAAAUGCAAGUUACUUAACUGGUUUGCAUAUAUACAUAUAUUUCUAAAGGCAAAACAAGUUAGUUGGAUCAACAAGCUAGCUUGGUGAUCAAACAUAUGAGGGUUGGCAUAGUUUUUGAGGUAUCAACCGAUUCAGUCUAAUUUAGAAGUACGGAACUAUUCUUGGAGAAAUGUGAGAAAUAUAUUUGAACAGAUUAUAUGAUAUUCGGUACACCUCGAUUAGCUUUUAGAGGCACAACUUAUAUAUGUAUUUCCUUCAUGUUAAUACAAUAUCACGUGUAUUUUUGUUGUAUGAUUUA